CGGCUACAUGCUCUAGACCAAGGGUCAGACUGGCGGCUAAGUAUUAGUUCAUCGGUUAUUCCAUGCUGCAAAAAAACAUAGACAAAGCGGAGCAGCCGGGUAGUAGCGUGCCCUCAUGGUAUAAAAGGUAGGCUGCAAUGCAUUUGAUUCUUCAGAAUCCAUAUUUUCCUCAGCCAGCUCUCGACUUGCAAGCUCCCCCACACUCUUUCAAUAAAUUUCCCCAGUCUUUCCAGCUAACACAAUGUUCGCUCGUUUCUUCGCUGUUGCUUCCCUUGCGGCCCUCGCCGUCGCCACUCCCCUCGCUCUCCGUGAUGGCCAGUGUAACACUGGUAACAUCCAGUGCUGUUCGGGUUCUACCAGCGCGACCAGCUACAACGCGGCCUCGCAGAUUCUUGGCCUUGCCCCGCUAGUCGGUCAAGUCGUUGGCGCUGUUGGCCUUGACUGCAGUCCUAUUACCGCGGUCGGCACUGGCGGGGGCGCGACAUGCAAUCAGCAACCCAUGUGCUGCAGCAACAACAAAAUGAAUGGUGUUGUCAAUGUUGGCUGCAGCCCCAUGAGCCUCCGCCUUUAAGUCUUCAGUGGACUUUGGGCCUGUGGUACUUGCGUCAUAGUUACAUAGCGUUUCUUAUUAGCUCCAGCUAUCAAUACCCACUACCAUAUGCUUUGCAUUUGACUUGAAUUAACUCGCGUUAACGGACCUGUGAGAUCUGUUCAAUAAUUUGAUCAUUGGUAGUACAGGCGAUAUAACUUCCUACUUAUUGGGUCUGAUUUAAAGGAAAUUAGAGAAGCUCUGAGUUUUCUCUUAUGUAACUAUGAGUAGUCAUGCAUUUGACCCUUGAGUCAAGUGGAAGAUUCU